AAAUUCCGGGCAUUUUUUCCCUUGGCUAGUAUCUUUCCGCGAAAACACCGCCUUUUCCUCUUUCUUCCCUGACUUAUCCUCUUCUCUCUCUUCUCUCGCCUCCCCAUAAUCCUCAUCGUUUCCGCUUCCCCGCAUGGGCAUGCUUUGAAUUUUACCAUGCGUUUGUCGCUACAUCGCCCUCCUUGAUCUCGAACAGCUAUGGACGAGGGCCCAACCACCCCUGCUGGUCUGGGCCAGCAGAAACGACCCCGCGUUUCCGAGGAAAACCGCAAACGAGCCGUGCGAGCCUGCGAUGGCUGUCGCCGAGUGAAGGAGAAAUGCGAAGGAGGCGUGCCGUGUCGCCGAUGUCUGCGGUAUCGGCGACAAUGCGUCUUCACCCACCCCGACCAUGCGGAGAAGAUCGCUCGUUCCUCGCCCAUUUCUUUACUCGAACGAAGCGCGGCGCUCAGAGGACAUGAUAUUGCCGAGUCGGAGCGGGUCCGAUGCAUGGAACGCAUCCUCCAGCACUAUGUUCCCAACAUCUCAUUUGACGUUCACACUCUGCGGAAGAUGGCCGAAGAUUUGAAACACAAACAUCGAGGCUCUGCGACGGAGGCAUCUUCAACGCAGCACGACGGAGAAGAGAUGGAGGAUCUGGCUAUCGAUGAUGAGGAUUUCACCAUCAAAGCCUUACCGGAUAAUACUACUCAGUACUCGGGAGAAUUCUCCUAUCUCAACUUCUCCAUGAAGAUUCGGCAGAAAAUCGACGAAUGGAUGAAACAUGCUGGACCAGAGGCAUCCACGGAGACAGAGCCGUUCGAAGAGCGAUGGCGGGCAACCCAACUGCAGUCCGGAUCGACUCUAGUAUCAACCUCAGUGACCUGUCUCCCGCCUCGAUUUGUGGCGGACUUUCUGGUGCAGAUCUUCUUCAAGUAUGCGCAGACGAACAAUUUUUAUGUCGAAGAAGAUUGGUUAAAGGAUAAACUGAACAUAUGCUACACGGAUCCGUCGAGCCUGUCUUCCAAGGAUGCAGGCACUGUAUGCGCUAUCCUGAUGGUACUAGCGGUCGGCACUCAGUUCGCACACAUGGAAUCGGCCACAUCUGUCAACCGCCUGUCCUCGAAUUCUGCUUUCGCUGAUGACCACCACUUCUCCGAGGAUGACGUUGGCCUCACCUUCUAUCAGUUUGCGUCGAAGCUGCUUCCCGAUAUCAUCGCCACGGCUUCUGUCCGAAGCGUGCAAGCGUGUCUUCUCAUUGGAACCUACCUUUUACCGCUUGAUACCUCGGGACUGUGCUACACGUACUUUGGAUUGGCAUUGAAAAUGGCCAUACAGAAUGGCAUGCACCGGAAGUAUUCUGGGGAGGGAAUGUCCCCUCGUAUGGUGGAGAUUCGGAAUCGUGUCUUCUGGACGGCAUACACGAUAGAAAAGCGCGUCAGCAUUCUUCACGGGCGGCCGGUAUCACUCUCCGAUGCAGACGUGGAUGCACCGUUCCCAACGGACUUCCCUGGUCUGACACCGUCUGGACAUGUCGCAAAUGACACAAACAUGGUGACGCUCAUCAAGUUGACAUUGAAACUCGGCCAAGUCGCGAAUGAAAUAUCCAUCCUGCGUAAAUCGCGAAAGAAUCAACAAUCGGAUUGUCUAGAGCGACUACUGAACCUCCGCAAAUGCUUGGUUGACUGGUGGGCCACCUUGCCAGAGGAAACGAAUUGCCGAGAUCUCAACCCUUCGGGUCCCCUUUUUCGCUCCAAUGUCCAUCUCAAGCUAGACUAUUGCCUGACUCGGAUCUUCCUUGGACGGCCAUUUCUGUUUAGUAGCAUGAGGGCCAUCACAGUUCCCGGCGCCCCGCUCAAGACCCCAUCGGGGCUGUCGAAGAGUCGCUCAACAUUAGUCACUGAUUGUGUGGAGGCCGCACUCGAGAUCAUCGAUCUGUGCCGUUUACUGCGCGAUGAACCCGGCCUUGCGCGCGCUUCCUUCACUGAGUUCAGUUCGUGCCGCGCUGCUCUUCUGGUCAUUCUCGCCCAGAGCUUGACCAAACGCACGGAGCGGCUGCGGGAGGCGCUCGACAAAGGUAUGGCUCUCAUUAAAAUCAUGUCGAUGGGUGUUGGCUCUGCGAGGUCUGCUGUGAGUGUCAUCGAAACUCUUGAGCGGGCGAUUCGUCGCUUCGAAGAGUACAGUCAGACGCAGCCCCAAGGCAGUGCUGGCAUGAUGGAGUCGGCCUAUGACCGUUUCAAGAACUGGGAAAUGCUAUGGAAGACGGGCCCCAUAUCUCCCGACCCAAUGUCGUUUCCCGAUCAGUACCCCUCUAGUGGCGGUGUGAUGCCACCUGUUAUGACGCCUAUGACUGGUCCACCGACGACGAACGAGCCAGCAGAAGGUGAGCUUGCCAAUCCCAGUAUCCCUGAUUCGACCGAGUUCUCUGUGUCGCAUCAGCUGUCAGAGAUGCCUCACUUUGGACUGGAUCAUUUUGUUGCAAACUUGCCGCAAGAGCUGGGCGAGUUCACGGCAAUCCCGUGCUUUGAGACAGAUAACCAGUCCACCCUGAGCGGGGAGAUAAAGCCCGGGGCUUCCGACACGCGGUGGAUGAAUUUUAUGAAUGAAUAGUGUUUCCGACCUCGGCCGGGCUUUUGUGAUUUUGACAGCGCUGCAUCGUUUGGGUCCAUGCAUGGCGGUUGCAUUGCCAUGGAUCAGUUUUGAGAUACCUAGCUCGUGUAUAUUCAACGAUUUGUCCAGAC